AGUAAGUUUAGGUAAAGCUGGAAUAUAUCUUUAUAAUUUUCAGAUGAAACUGUUUGUUCUAUUGUCGGUGUUGUUAGUGUCGGCUCUGGUUGCCGCUAACCCUGUCUCAGUACAAGACGCGCAAACUAGAGAGGACAGAGUUGUACAGUCCGGCUAUUUCAAUGGAUGGUUUUCAAGAACCAUAAGGUUGGGUAUUCAGGAAGACUACGUCAUCACAGCAUUCACUAUCACACGGACAGCUGGAGUAGCGACAUGGGCACUGAUGGAUGGUGGGAUCGGUGCCAAUUUCAUGUCUAUCUAUGUAAUGCAACCUCUUGUCUUUCCAUUGCCGCCAAGUUACAAGUUUGAUUUUGAGAUUCGAGGGCAGCCACAAUCGUCUUCCUUAUAACAGGGUCUGAUCUUCUUCAUGACAGUGAUAUAGAAAAAAUUAAAUAAUUUGUUAUAAUAAUAAUAUAUAUAAUUUGAUUCUAUUUACUUGUAAACACUAAUCGUUUUGGCUUUUGUAUUAUUGUCACUGUGUCAGUUGAAAAAUAAGUUUUAUCUCUUUUCUCUGU